AUGGCCUACAUUCUAGCCAGCGUCGCACUGUUCUUCAUCGUCACGGCGACGGCGCUCAUCCUCACCCGAGCCUACUGGCGCCAGCAUAUCCCCAACGUGCACCUGCCCGGCGCGGGGUACAUCUACUCGCGGCUCCCCGGCAGCUUCGCCGGCGAUAUCGAGUCGGGGCUGUCGAGCAGCAACUUCGACCUCAGCGGCAACGUCGAGGCAGGCGACAGCCGCGCAGGGCUGGAUGAUGCGAGCAAGGCGGAAAUUCUCAAGAUUAUGAAGAAGAGGCGGAUGACGUUUGAUCAGGCCCGCAAGGCGUACAUGGAGACUCGUUUCAAGCAGAACGGCAUCGGGCCGGAUGGGCGACCGCGGGAUCCAAAGUUUGUCAGCUUCUCAUGA